AUGGCAAGAGUUGAUUAUAUUAGUGAAAUUUCAAAUUACAAAAUGGAUUGGAACUUUAAAGUAAGGGUUGUACAUAUAUGGCAUGCUACACCAAGGGACAAACCAAAUUUUCUUCUAUCAAUUGAGUUAGUGCUUCAAGAUGAAAAGGGAGAAAAAAUUCAUGCAACAAUUUCACGAUCUGUUGUCCAUCGUUUUAGAGGAGAAAAAAAUGCAAUAAAAGAAAUGGAAUUAAGGAAGACAAUUACAGUAACAUUUUGGGGGAAGUUUGUUGAUAAAAUUAUGUCCCACUUGCACAAUUUGAUUGAUGAACCUGUCAUCGUAGUUAUACAGCUUAUAAGAGCGCAUAAAUUUCAAGAAUUGGCUGCUGGAACUGUACAACUUAAAAAUGUUAAAGAAUUGCUUGAUUCUGUGCAGGUUGGGCAUUUAUGGAUUCUUACAAAAAUAGUGAAUUUGAAACUUAAAAAUAAUUGUUCAUACCUAGAUUGCAUCAAGUGCCAUAAGAGUGUCGAAGAAGUUGCCAAAAAUACAUUUUACUGCAAGAAAUGUGGUCGUGAUUAUCAAACAGCUACUCACAGGUAUAGGGUUCAUAUUAAGGUUAUGGAUGAUACAGGGAUCGUCUCUUUAUUGCUUUGGGACAACAAAGCAAUCACAUUCAUUGAAAAAUCUGCUUCUGAAUUAAAAGAUUGUUCGUUAGAGAUUUUUGAUUCUCCGUACGAGUGUUCCUAUCCGAUUGAGUUGGAUGUUCUUCUUAAUAGAAUCAUCAUGUUUAGAGUGAAUGUUAAAGAAGAAAAUAUUGAAUCACGUGAUCGAGUAUAUGGAGUUAUGAAGAUCAAUGACAACGAAGAACUGAUAAAUCAAUACAAGAAGUCACUAAAAAAAGAUGUUUUCACUGAACUUCAUUUCAAUGUUGAAGAAGGCUCAAAUGCUAAGAAGGAUUUUGUGUAUGAUAAUGAGAAAAUCUCUCCUAAAAAGAUAUAA